AUGAAGAGUAUGUACGAAAGUAAGGGAACCACUCUAUCCAUGAAUUGGCAGGAAGUCGGCAAAGGAAAGGUAGAGGAAUAUGACAGCAAAGAACUGGAAUCGGAUUCAGACAAAGACAGCUCCGAUGAUGAGGACAAGAACGCGUGUUAUGCAUCGAAACGGUGGCCAAAUCACGACAUAUCGACUCUCAAACUGUUGCACGCGUGUUAUGCAUCGAAACGGUGGCCAAAUCACGACAUAUCGACUCUCAAACUCUUGCAGUUAGUUCAUCGACAUGGCGAGCGAGCACCUACAUCUUUUCCCGAUAAUGAUCCCUAUAAGGACACCAAGUAUUGGGUGGAGGGUGUGGGCGAACUGACCACUAAAGGCAAGUAUAGGUUGUAUAAGUUGGGAGAAUUCAUACGACAAGAGUAUAGCGACUAUUUGGGAGACAAAUACUCGCCCCGAGAGGUGUACGUCCGGAGCUCUAUCACCGAUAGAUGUAUUGAAAGCACGUCCAGCCUAUUAGCCGGCGCUUAUCCACCGAAACAGCCCGACUGGCAGUGGAAUAACGGGACGGACGCUAAAUUAGGUCUCGUAUGGCAACCCUUCCCCAUCGAAACAUUUAUGCCUCAUUCAGAUGAUCUGGUUUGCAACGAGGGAAAGCCAUGCGCUGCAGUGAACAAUGAAAUGACCAAAAUAUACAACCGGCCGGAACUGAAAGAGUUCGUCGAGAAAAACGCGGAAUUGUAUGAAAAUGUGAGCAAAAUUGUGGGCAAACACAUUAAGUCCAUCGGAAGCGCCGCCAGUCUGUACGACAUCCUUAAGAUAGAGACGGAUCACAACUACUUCUGGAACCAC